AUGUGGCUGGUAGGAAAUCUGUUUGGUGGAUCCACAGCCAUCAGAUUCACUCGUUUUCUGCACCUCAAACGCAAGGAGGUUUAUUUGGAAUGCUUUCGCAUCCUGGGCGUUCACGAGUCGGCCGACCAGAACACAGUGCGCCACGCCUACUUAGAUCUCGUGAAGCGGGUUCAUCCGGAUUCGGGAUGCGAGGAGGCCAGUGCCGAGCGCUUCCAGCAGGUGGACGAGGCCUUCCGCGUCCUGCAGGAGAAGUUCGCCAAGGGAAGGCGCAACAUCCAGGAGGACGAGGAGGAGGCCAUGGAGUUCGACAUCAAGCACACGGCUCCGCAGCACCGGCAAUAUCUGUCCAACGAGGGCAUCGGCAUGGGUAAUCCCUUCCAGCGGCAGAAACAAUACCAGCAGGUGCGCGCCAUGAAGGCGCAGGAACGCGUUUUGGAGCACCGCAUCGAUAAGGCGGCUGCUGGGGAGAAGACUUUAAUGUCCAAGGGCGGCAAUCACUUUCGCAAGCACGCCAUCAAGACCAAGUACGGCAUCGAUCGCGUGGUCGAGGAUCUCAUCCAGGAGGCCAUGUCCAAGGGUGACUUUAAUAAUCUCAACGGAUCAGGAAAGCCCUUAUCUGCAGCUCAGUCGCAGAAUCCCUAUCUGGACUUCACCACCCACAAGCUAAACAAAAUCAUGCUAGACAACGGCUUCACGCCGGAAUGGAUCAGCCUUGGCAAGGACAUACGCGAUGCAGUCGCCGAGCUAAAGAUAAAGUUGCGCCAGGAGCGCAUAUACUACGGUGAAUGGCCACUGCAGCGGCAAGAAGAUUUAACUGCUUGGCAAAGGUUUACCCAGCAGCAACAGGAGAAUGUCAAACAGCUAAACAAGCUCAUUGACAAGUACAAUCUGAUUGUGCCCAUUCUGGAGAAUCAGUUCUUUCGCCUGCAGCUUGACAGGAUGGCCGAACCCAUAUUUAAGGAUCCGCAAUUGCAGCGUAAUGUUGUGAGACCCGAAGUGAGAGCUAAGGAUAGGAGCCAUGUGGAAAAUCAGGGGAGUACUAGUACCAGUCUAUUUUCCCUGAUAAGCAAACUAUUGUAG